UCCGCCGCUGCCGCCCGGUGUCUGCUCCGCCGCUCCGCGCUCUGCGGCGCUCCCACCCUGAACCCGAAGACUCUGCCUCCUCGUUCACCAUCCCGGCUCCCGGACCCCCCUCUACCCGGUGAAUGCACCAGCGCAACUGAAAACAUGACGGGCAUCGCCGCCGCUUCUUUCUUCUCUAAUUCCUGCAGGUUCGGGGGCUGCGGUCUCCAGUUCGAGUCUCUCGCCGAGCUCAUCGUCCACAUCGAGGACAAUCACAUCGACACAGAUCCGCGGGUCCUGGAGAAGCAGGAGCAACAGCAGCCCACUUAUCUGGCCCUCAGCUACAUCAACAGGUUCAUGACGGAUGCGGCGCGCCGGGAGCAGGAGACCAUGAAGAAGAAGGCCACCCCCAAACUGUCCCUGUCCAUCACCGGCGGAAUAUCGAGGAACAGCACGGCCACGCCUCCUCGCCACACGAGCGGUAACCUGACGCCUCCCGUCACGCCCCCAAUCACCCCCUCCUCCUCCUUCCGCAGCAGCACACCUACAGGCAGUGAGUAUGAUGAGGAGGAGGUAGACUACGAGGAGUCGGACAGUGAUGAGUCGUGGACCACAGAAAGCGCCAUCAGCUCUGAGUCCAUCCUCAGCUCCAUGUGCAUGAACGGGGGAGAGGAGAAGCCAUUCGCCUGCCCCGUCCCCGGCUGCAAGAAGAGAUACAAGAAUGUGAAUGGUAUCAAGUACCACGCCAAAAAUGGCCACCGCACGCAGAUCCGUGUGAGGAAACCCUUCAAGUGUCGCUGCGGCAAGAGCUACAAGACCUCGCAGGGCCUGAGACACCACACCAUCAACUUCCACCCACCUGUCUCUACUGAGAUCCUGCGCAAGAUUCAAGGCUAGAGCCCGUGGUCACACCAGUCAACUACCCCAAACAUAGCCCUAUCCUGACUUUCCUUACCCGACCCUUUUAUACCCAUCCCACACACUAAAGGAUCAAGUGCAUGCUUUAAGUUGUUUUAAUUUUUUCAUCUCUUUGUUUAUUUGUGUUAUAUGAUUUUUUUUCUAUCCAUGUUAUAUCACUUGUAUUUUUGAAAAAAAAAAUCUUUGUAGUAUUUUUAUUGUUGUACAUUUGCACAUUCGUAUAUUCUAUCACGUUAUUUUUUUUGUAUUGUUUGACUUACAUAAGGUGCUAACUGUAAAAAAACAACAGAAAGAAAAGACAAAAAAACAAACAAUAUGAAAGAAGAGAGGGGAAACGUAAAAGAAGAAGUGAAACAGAAAGUGCAACCAAGCCCUGCCCCUUUUCCUGCUCGUCUGUGAGUGGGAAGAAGUUGACAUUAGUGCUGAUCUAAGUUCAGUAGUCGAUACACUCCUUUUCCGUUAGUUCACUGAGCUUAGAUCUGUGCCUUCGCAGUAACUUCUGGGGGUUUAAAUGCGAGAGUUAAGUUAUACUUUAAAUAGUUAUAUUGAUAUAUAAACAAUAGACAGAUAUGUAUGUGUACAUAAAAAUAUAUAAAAGUAUUCAUGAGCAUAUACAUAAAUAGUUAUACUUUAUUUUUAAGCUUCAACUUUUAAGCUUUAUUUUAUAUAUUUUUUUCAGUGUUUUAGAUAGUGUUUUUUUCCCUAUGUAUCAAUAAGUGUUCCUUUCAUUCAUUAUUUGCUGAGACGGCCAGUUUUGUCACCUCAGAGGUGAAACAGCUGGCUGACUUUAGGUUUGGAGAGUCAGGUUUUCUCUCACCGCGUCCUAGAGAUUAGGAGCUAAUACGCCUUUCGGUACGACACACACACAAUAACGACACAUUCUGAAUCGUGUGCGAUGUUUUACUGUUGAUCAGGAAGGGACGCUGAACGUAUUAGAAGACGGCCCAGGUCAGUAACCCAUAUCUUAAACGUUUCAUCCCCACAAGAAGCCAUCCAUGUAUUUCAUAUCUUCAGUGUUUCCUCAUUCAGAGUGCCAGAGCUGUGUUCCAGAGACUUAGCCGUGAAAGCAGGUUAAGCAUCAUAUUGUAUUCCAGUUGCCAAGAUCUUUGUUGUUGUUUUGUUUUUCCAUGAUUGUUGCCAACAGCUCUCCACUGCCAAACAUUGACCAUACCAUGUGCCUGAUGCGGGGUGGGGGUGGGGGUUGUAAUGGUUUCAUCCUGGAGGUCGCCAAACGUGUGGCAAUGAUUUUCUACUUCAUCACGCCUCCAAAAUGUGCGGAUGAGUGGAUGUACAUCAACGGAAUGUUUUCACGCAUGCUUUCUGUGUCGUAACGAGAGAAAUACUGUGUGAAAGAAGAGGGUGGAUUUGUAUUUGAAUGAGAUUACCAUCUACAACCUGUCAUUUGUGUGUGUUGUAGACCAGAGCAUUCCAGUUUAUUGUAUGUACUGUGUGUGUGUGAGAGUGUGAGUGUGUGUGUUUUCAGCAGUAUCCAAGUCAUCAGCCUAUCGAGUGUUACUAUAUUCUGUGUUUUAGUGCUUGGAUCUGUCAUGUUCUCUGUGCCGGGCCGCUGGUUCAACUCCUGUGGAGCAGGAUGGCUGGCUGGCUGGCAGUGUCGCGUCAUGUAGUGUAGCGGUGACCAACUUGUUGCCCCCUGACUGGGAUUUCAUCAUUCAUAUCAUUGCCUCUAGGAAAAAGAGUGGUGCAGCGCCAUGUGCCAAGACACAUUGAUUCGUGACAUCAUUUCCCUCAUUGUGCACAAAGUUUUUAUUCUGCAGAAGGCUCGAAGCAUGAGCUGUUUCUCUUUUGUUCGUUUGAUGGGUACAGUGACCUCUGACAUGCACACACCCUCCUGUCCUCCAAGCUGCUGUUGCCAUGGAAACCACAGGGUUAGAAUGGCAAAGAGACCUUCUUUUAAAUGGACUUUGAUAACACUUGAACACACAACACUUGUCUGUACGAGGCAGAUGCCAGAUUUUUUUUUCUUCUUCUGGUAUUUGUUUAUUUAAACCCCUCAUUUAUUUAGGAGGUUAAGUAAACAUAAAUGAUUUAACCCCUUCAUUUCCUUUUAAUAUUCUUUUCUGAUUAUAGCAAUUACCAUGCAACUGUACUGUACUUGCAAUGCCUUUAAGUGGUGUGCUACCUAACAAAUAAGCACAAAUGUGGCCUGAAAGACAUCCAUGUCCACCAGUAAGUGAACCAAGAUCUCUAAAAUCUUGGUAUCAGUUUCAAUGUACGUCUGUGGACUUAGUACCCUGAAAGUAACCCUGAGAUAAUGGUUUGCGUGUGAUAGAAAAGCUUCAUUCCUGCCUUUCAGCAUAGGGGAAGAGUUUCCGUGGCUGGGAUCAGAGCAGAGACGGGACGAGAUGGACGGAGACAGAGUCUCCUGUCGGAGCUCUGUCAAACACUCGUAAAACCAUCCCCGCUUUACGCACACCGCCGUCGCUAUGGCAGUGGUUGCAGUAUUACACGUGGGAGAGGAGGAGCGGAGGCUGUGUGCAGAAGGAGGAGAUGAGGGAGGGAUUUCAAUAUACUGUGUACAGUGAAUGUAUUGUAACGUGUCUGUUGUCAAGUGCUUUUAAAUUAUAUUUUCGUAUGUAACGUGGAGACCAAUGUUUCAUUUUUGUAUGGGGGGACAACAGGUUCUGAGCAGAGUACUUGUAAAUGAUGUCAAACUGUCUUUCUAUAUAAAAGAGAAGCUGCUUAAAUGUAAACAGGAAAUGACUGAAAAAAACAGCAAAAUAAAGCAAAAAACUCUUUA